UGCAUUGCCUGUAAAGUCUGUGCUCUGAGCUAAAGAUGGCGACGUCCCUUAUCUGUGGAAGGGUUUCUUUGGGGCUGAGAAACUCCGGAUCCAGGAGGGCGAUCAGUGCCGCAGCUAAGGUGCUUGGUGGAGCUUCUGGAUUAUUUGCUAGUCAUGGAUUCCAACAACUCCAGCAGCAACAGCAGAGGACCCUCUCACUGCAUGAAUACAUGAGCAUUGGGCUGCUGAAAGAAUCAGGCAUCUCCGUACCCAAGGGAAUGGUGGCAAGCUCCUCUGAAGAAGCCUAUUCAGUUGCCAAAGAGAUAGGCUCCAAGGAUCUGGUAGUGAAGGCACAAGUCUUGGCUGGUGGCAGAGGAAAAGGCACGUUUGAAGGAGGCUUGAAGGGGGGAGUCAAGAUUGUUUUCUCCCCUGAAGAAGCCAGAGAUGUUUCCACCAAAAUGAUUGGCAAGAAAUUAUUUACAAAGCAGACCGGGGAGAAGGGCAGAAUAUGCAACCAGGUGUUUAUCUGUGAGCGCAGGUACCCGAGGCGGGAGUACUACUUCGCAAUCACAAUGGAAAGGUCCUAUCAGGGCCCAGUUUUAAUAGGAAGCUCUCAGGGGGGUGUCAAUAUAGAAGACGUAGCUGCAGAAAAUCCCGAGGCCAUCAUCAAGGAACCAAUUGAUAUUAUUGAAGGCAUCAAGGUGGAACAGGCUGUCAAGGUCGCACAAAAAAUGGGAUUCCCGCCUAACUUGAUCAACGAGGCUGCAGAAAACAUGAUCAAGCUGUACAAUUUAUUCCUGAAGUACGACGCUUCCAUGUUGGAGAUCAACCCCAUGGUGGAAGACUCUUCUGGAAGCGUGAUGUGCAUGGACGCCAAGUUAAAUUUUGAUUCCAACGCAGAGUAUCGUCAGAAGAAAAUCUUUGCCCUGCGAGACUGGAGCCAAGAAGACGAGCGAGACAGGCAGGCAGCCAAAUCUGAUCUCAACUACAUUGGCCUGGAUGGAGACAUUGGUUGCCUAGUUAAUGGGGCUGGCUUAGCAAUGGCCACAAUGGAUAUCAUCAAACUUCAUGGAGGGACUCCUGCCAAUUUCUUGGAUGUCGGAGGUGGUGCCACUGCACAGCAAGUCACAGAUGCAUUUAAGCUAAUCACUUCGGACAAAAAGGUGCUGGCCAUAUUGGUGAAUAUCUUUGGAGGUAUCAUGCGCUGUGAUGUUAUUGCACAAGGUAUUAUUAUGGCAGUUACGGAUCUGGAGCUGAAGAUUCCUAUUGUGGUCCGAUUACAAGGAACACGAGUUGAUGAUGCAAAAGCUCUGAUAGCUGCCAGUAGCCUCAAGAUCCUAGCCUGUGAUGACUUGGAUGAAGCUGCAAAAAUGGUUGUCAAGCUUUCAGAAAUCGUGUCGCUGGCAAAAGAAGCUCAAGUGGAUGUGAAAUUCCAGCUGCCAAUCUAAUAAAGAAGCGCUGUGUUUCGGAAGCUUAUUCUUCAAAAUACUGUUGGCUUAUUUUUUUCCUUUUUUGUUUGCAUUUGUUUGGUGGCAUGAGCUCAACUUUAUUUGCUGUUACACAGGACCUGUGCAGAACAUGCAGACUUUUAGUAAACACACAUGAUGUAUUGCUCUAGUAUCCCUGUAGGAUGUAUUUCACUUUAGUUAAUUGACACAUGUUUCCAAGGCAAUAAGAUCUUCCCAUAUGUAUUUAUCUUAAGUUCUAUUGUUUUAAGUACGUAGCUUUUCAUUAAGCUGCCUGUCAUGUCUUGAGAUAUUACUAGUCAAGAUUGGUUUAGAGUUGAUUUUUUCCUGAAGGGGGAAAAAAAAUGUUAUUACAAUUUUAACCUUUGCUUAAAAGAACCACCUGCAUCUCUUUUGCUGUAACCUUGAUUUACCCAUAUUGACGGAAUGAGAGGAUAUUUAUUAAAAUGAGCUAUGUUCAGUCUUCUUAUUCUGUCGAUUUUUGAGCAUUACACCAUCCCAUACCAGUUUACUCCUGCGCUAGAAACUUUUAAAUUCAUUCACCACAGAGAAUCAUGCUCAAGUCAGUGCUAGUGAUUUCUGACACUUUGUGAAAUAGCCCUAAAUACUUUCUUGACAAUGGACUGAAAUGUGUGCUUUGUAAAAGGAUGAAUACAAAAGGAACAGUGAUUCAUUUCUUUCAAACCAUCAAUGUGACUUCCACCUGAACAAAGGCUUGCUGUAAUGUAGAUUGUCUUUGUGUUGGAUUUAAAGACCUUGCUGGAUUUAAGGAUGUGACUCGGUUCAGAAUUGAUAUGGUUGGAAUAAUUUCAUUCUGGAUGCACAUGCAGGUGUGGUUGGGAAUUCUACAGUAGAAAAUAUGAUUUUCAUAACCUUGUUGUGUGUGUGUGUGUGCUAUUGAUUUCCAAAGAACGUGUAAAAACCACUGUAAAUUCAGGAGUAUCCAGGUUUAAAGUGUAAACACUUGGGGUGUGCCGAUUACUCAUAUUUUCGAAAUAAUUGCCAAUUAAAUGGAAUAAAACAUGUCGUUUACUCAAAACAAAACCAUGCAAUCCCUCUAUUUCCCUCUUUAACACAAUUGAGUAUCAACCUGUUAUAAUCAAAUUAUCUUGCCUGCACAUUGCAGAUUGCUACUCAAUUGCAAAGGGUAGAGAAGGGCAGCCUUUCUUGUUUUGAAAUCAACACAUUAAUAAAUAAUCAUGUUUUGAUUUAUUUAAUACCUGCUGACAAAUUCUUCUUGAAGGCAAUUACUCAGAAAAUGAGUAUCAGCACACACCAAGUAAACACUACAUUUAGCUUUUUAAAGUCAACAAUCUGUUUAGUAGGGUAAGCUGAUUGAAGAUGGUCAUUUAAAGAACUGCAGCUGCCUUCUCAUAUUCGCCAAACAAGAUGAAGCUAUGUUGUCCUAUCAAUGUAUUGCUGUUAUUUCCCUUGUAAAUAAGGAGACCCUGCUGUAAAAUAUUCAAACUUAUGUUUAAAGACUCUUAAUUGAAGGGCAUUCACAAAUUGAAAAUGGAAUGCAACAACAUUUUAAUUCUUCAAAUAAACUGUUGGUGUUAAA